AAUGUCAACGAAUGCGCAGACCACUGGUCCCCUUCUUCGCAUGGAUUACAAACGUAAGACUUGGAAAAGACGUUUACAUUCAUCGAAACCCACUCAGGAUGUCAGACUGGCAGCAGCAUAAAUUAUAACCUACUUUUGCUGCAGAAAAACAAAUCCUGAAAUCUGCCUUCUUAAUGCAGCUGCGUCGAGGACCAUUAUAAAGCUCAUCUGGGGACCAGGGGAGUAUCUUCCGUACAACAAGGUCAAUAUUUCCAACCCCGCCUCUUCAGAUUGUAUGUUUUUUGCCCAGUCUUAUAUAUAGGCCCACGCGCAAGUUUUCUCUCGUGUGUCUGGUCACAGCUGAUCGUGCAAGAAGAUGGCCACGAGGUUUGAGGCCUCGGUAGAGUGAAGACACAGCCCGACGGCAAGUCCGUGUACUUCAAACAUGACGGAGAGCGGUUCGAAAACAACGUGACUGUGAAAAUGCGUAUCGGCCACACAUACAAAAUCAACGUCUGCUUCCGACCGCCUAGGAAACUCCUAAAAUGGACGAUCCAGGGAGAGAAGACGCUGUUCACACAAGCCUUGCCAAGCAAAGCCAACGAGGACUUAUCAGUGUACUCGACAAUCUGGACAGUUGACGGCUUUGAAGUCACUAGGAGGGGACGGCGGGAAAAGAUCCAUUUUUUCUUUGAAUUGGAGCGUGGCCAGAUCCUGACGACGACACUGCAAGUGAAGUUCUACGCCAGCCAGAACCAGAGUGCCAGCCAGUGGGGCCAGCCCAUGCACGCCCUCGACCUGCUGUGCGACUCUCAGCCCGGGCAGUCGGCCGUCGUCGUGCGGCGAGGCAGCAUUUUGUGACAAGGAGUGACAACCUCGCACCGCGUCACUGCCAAGACACCCUAUCAAUCAGCGGCCAGCACCGCACCAAUCAGAUCGAAGAGAUGUUGCUCCCCGACCAUCUCCGACACAAUAAACUGGCUGGUGGUGCUAGAAUAUAUGUCUAUAUAGAUUUUUAUGUUCUGCAGCUUCCGCCUUGCAAAUUGAUUUUUUUUCCCGAUGACCGCUUAGUUAAGUGCUGGUAUAAUGCCAAUCUACAUGAGCCAGGUCGUCCAUGGAGCAGACUUACGCGUUGCGGUCACGUGACCAGACUUUAAUACAGCAUAUCUCUCUAUAUACUUUUCGCGUGGCAGCCGGUAUUCUAUAGCAAUAACUCAGAUGGAGUAGAACUCCAUGGUGUGAUGGGUUUUUCUACAAGGUGGAGUUGCAUUGUUAAGCUACAUGGGCACACUUUACAGACUACUGCAAUAAAAAUGAAGUAGUCUCAGUA